CACCUCCUCCUGAUCUGAGACCAACAGCUGAGGUCAGCUACACUCAUCACCAUGGUGACCUUCGCUGAGACAACACAGGUCUCCCCUAUGGAGCUGCGUGAGCCGACCUGCCUGACCGCGACACUGUCCCCUGGGCUGCGGCGAAAAAAGACGCUGUGGCAAAAUGCUGUAAAACACAUCAUUAUCCAGCAGGAGCUCAGCGCGCAGGUGGGUGUGGAGCCAGCACGCAAAAUCUUUGUGACAGACACCUACAUGGAUGAGAUCAACAGACAGAUCCGCAACAAGGCCUCACGCGGAGUCACGAAACGGCGCUCCUCCACAUUCAGAGUCCAGCCUGCCCAGUCACGUGGUUCAAUCAGCACACACAACAGUGUCAGGAGUUCUUUUAACGACUACGCCAGUGAUGCCGACUUCUUUGUGCACUGGGGCCGCACUAUUCGUGGUGUUUACAUACCCACCCUGAGACACACCUUCAAGUCCCGUGACCUGGAGAGACUCUACCAGCAACACUCUUCUCACCAAAGACGCAAUUCGUUAGCCAUCACCAACAUAAUCGAUGCUGUGGCUAAGCUACACGUAUUGGUUCUGUACUUGGCUUUGGCCCCCGAGGCCGUCACAGACACUUUGCGUGGCUGCCUGACGGGAAUUUUCAUGGUGCUAGCUAUAGCACUGUGCAUCCUCGUGCUAACCUGUAAAGACUCCAUGUCCCCAAGGUGGCUUCAUUAUGCCGGCCUAGCGAGCUGGCUGUCGCAGACCACACAGGUGCUGGGAGGACUGGUUUAUGGACUAGAAAAAGACCCCUCGUGGUACGUUUUGUUCACAUUGUUCGCCACAUACACGCUGCUGCCGUUACCUCUGCUAUGGGCCAUUUGCGCUGGUUCACUCACCUCAGCACUGCACCUCCUGGUGGAGAUAGUGCGCUGCUACAAUGACACCAUGCUUUUAAAAAAGGUGUUUGCCAAAGGCCUGCUGUACCUGGGUAUGAACACAGCUGGCUUGUUCAUCCACUACCUGACAGACCACGCACAGAGACAGGUGUUCCUGGAGACGCGACGCUGCAUUGAAGGUCGCCUCAAACUGGAACAAGAGAACCAGAGACAGGAGCGUCUGGUGCUGUCAAUCCUGCCCCGCUUUGUUGCCUUGGAGAUGAUUGCUGACAUGAGCUCUUUGGAGAAUGAACUCAAUCCUCAGGAGUUUCACAAAAUCUCCAUUCACCAGUACAAAGAUGUCAGCAUCCUUUUUGCAGACAUCAAGGGCUUCACUCUGUUGUCCAUGAACCUGUCUGCCCAGGUUCUGGUUCGAACCCUCAACGAACUAUUUGGACGCUUUGAUCAUCUUGCAGAGGAGCACCACUGCCUACGAAUAAAGAUACUAGGAGACUGUUACUACUGUGUGUCAGGGGUCCCUGAGCCACAGCGUGCCCAUGCCCGUCAUUGCGUUGAGAUGGGUCUGGCUAUGAUCAACACCAUACGGUAUGUACGAAAGCAGCUCAACUUUGACAUGGACAUGAGGAUUGGGAUCCACUCGGGCUCUGUCCUGUGUGGGGUGCUGGGCCUGCAGAAAUGGCAGUUUGACGUCUGGUCCUGGGAUGUGGGCAUCGCCAACAUGAUGGAGGCGGGGGGGAUACCAGGACGGAUCCACAUCUCAAAAGCAACUCUGGACUCUCUACAAGGCAUCUACAAGACAGAGGAAGGUCAUGGCCGUGACAGGAGCGAGUUUCUACGGAGACACAACAUCGACACCUUCUUUAUCUGCCCUGAGGAGGAAAAGAACAAAGUUGACCACGUUGAGCCCCUCAGAGUCCAGAAAACGAUCCGAACCUGGGACCCAGAGUUACCUUUUGGGAACGUCAUUGACAUGAAUAGUAUCUUGGCCUCCUUUACGAACGGCUCACUACCUAACUUAUGGCACUCAACCUCCAAGGAGAUUAACAAACGCAUCAAACAUGCCAUUGAGGUUCGAAGCAGCGAGUGCAUGCACAGGGAGCACAUCACUCCACUGACCCUGGUGUUCAAGGACACACACAUCGAGGACAAGUUUUCCCAGAUGAGAGAUGAAAUGUUCAACUCCAACCUGGUCUGCUCCUUCAUCAUGCUCCUCUUUCUCAUGGCUACCCAGGCCCUCAUUCCUGCCCCUAGGCUGUUCCCCAUCGUCCUACAGUUUUCAGUCUUUCUGCUGGCCUACAUGUUGCUGCUGCUGUUGGCCCUAGCAGAAGAGUUCAAGUGGACUCCUCCAGCACUGCAGCACAUCUGCUGCUGGAUCCAUGAAAACAACAGUGCCCGCAACCUCCUCACAAUCACCGCCAUCAUCAUCAACUUUGGCCUAGUCUCUACUGACAUGGUAUGGUGCAUUCUCACGGACACAGAGGAGGCUGACAUAAUAGACAGGACCACCACAGCCUCACGUCCACUCACCGUCUGUACUUACCCUGAGAUCUUUGUGUUGAGUGGCGUGAUCGCCAUGGUGACUUGUGCCGUGUUCCUGCGUCUAAACUCUCUGCUGAAGCUGGCAGUGUUGCUGCUGGCGGUGGCUGUCUACUCCUACCUCAUCCACCUGGCCUUCCUUGCUCUCACACGCCACGAUAUGCUGCACAGGUCUCACUAUGUCAGGAGAAAAGGAAUCUCCAUUCUUCUAAUGGUCAUGUUUAUUGUUGCUGUCUUCUACAAUGGACGACAGUGGGAGGCCACUGCCAGACUGGACUUCCUGUGGCGUCUGCAGGCCCAGCAGGAAGUGGAGGACAUGAGGGAAUUGCGAGAACACAAUGAGUGUCUGUUGCACAACAUCCUGCCUGUGCACGUGGCACGACACUUCUUGGACCGGAGCAUGAAUGAUGAGGAGCUUUACUCCCAGUCCUAUGAUGAAGUGGGUGUUAUGUUUGCCUCCAUCGCGGGGUUCAAUGAGUACUUUGAGCAGAAAGAGAUCAAGCAUGAAGGAGUGGAUUGCCUCCGACUACUGAAUGAGAUCAUUGCCGGCUUUGAUGAGUUGCUGGAGGAGUCAUACUUUCACUACGUGGAGAAGAUCAAGACUAUUGGGAGCUGCUAUAUGGCAGCCUCUGGUUUAGCUCCAGACAGACAGGAUUCUAUGGAUGAAUGGAAUCACCUGAGUGAGCUGGUUUUGUUUGCACUGGCAAUGCAAGAGACCUUGAAAGAGAUGAACAGGCACUCAGCCAAAAACUUCCAACUGCGUGUGGGCAUUGCCCAUGGGCCAGUGGUUGCAGGCGUUAUUGGUGCCACCAAGCCACAGUAUGACAUCUGGGGGUCAACGGUGAACUUGGCCAGCCGUAUGGACAGCACAGGGGUGAGUGGACGCAUCCAGGUACCUGAGGCUACACGGAAGAUCCUGGCAGAGUGGGGCUUUAUCUUGGAGCUACGUGGAGAAAUCUUUGUCAAGGGGGUGAGCGAGCGCCAGGGAAAAGUCCGCACCUAUUUCAUCAGCACCAUGCGCAGUAAGAGGGCCAACGCUGCAACAGAUGGCCGCCCGGGGGGACGGACAGGAGGACGCAUGACGCUGGCAGGAGUUGUGUUUGGUCUUGUCCAAGCCAGACACAAGGAGAAGCUGAGAGAGACCAACGGGGGGUUCAGUUUGAAGCCCUGCAACCUUGAGUGCUGACGGGGACUUUUAGGAUUAAAAAAACUGCAGGUAGAGGAGGACACAGUCCAGCCAUAUUGCUUUUACUGGUUUACCAUUUUGCCAUAACAAAAUUAGCCACACAAAAAGAAGGUGUUGCUGCUGGUCAUAGGAUCCAGUUCUAAUAGAGCCUUUAUUCAUGUUUUCCUCCAUGACUGUGUCCUCCUCGGCUUUCCUGUCAUCUAAAAAGAAAAAGAAAUACUAAGGUUUUUGGACUGUGUUGUGCUUUAACAUAGGGGGAACUCAUCCAUGGAGAUAUUUCUUGAGUUCUGAAGCUGAGCUAAAAUCUUUGAAUGCACAAUAGAGUGGUGCGUCCUGAACUUUGCUUAGAAAUGACUGAACUAUCCCACUGGCCUCUUUUUAAGUUUGAAUAAGCAUCUUGAGAGCACCACUUUCUGUUUUUAUUGCCAUACAUCCGCAUUAUAAACAUUGUCUUCGGUUUUUAAGUUCAUUUUGUACAAAACUAACAAAGGCCAACAUGUUUCUUUUUGUGCUCCAGCAAGUCCUUGGACCUCUAAGCCAAAACACAGAAUACCUCAAAACCAGCUCAACCUCUCAUAGAUUUCCAAUGGCCUAUACAUUACUGACUAAUUAUUUUUUUACUGUGUUAUCUGUCUUUAUCAUUCUUAUCAUUUUUCAGUACAUUUGUAGGCCUUUUAUGAGAUUGAUAUAUAAUUUCUAAAAAAAAAAAAAGAUAUUCCAUAAAGGGACUUUGGUCACCAUAUUUCACUCUAUCAACAUAAUUCAGAAAACAAAAGUCACAUUAUUCAUGGAUUGGAUGACGGAUUUUAAAGCGUGCUCACAUUUUUCUGUAAAUGCUUUUCACCAGAGUAGAGCUCAAAAUAAAGUUGUAUUUCAUGUCAUGUUACAGUUUUACAGUGUUACAGUUUUUCUCUGGAUUUUUGUCAAACGUCUGCAUGUGACGAAUCACACAGCAGUCCUUUCAGUUUACCAUCUCUUUCAUUACUCAUUACAGUUAUUUUUCCAACUCUCAGCAGUCUUCUUUUAAGGAAGUUAACUGUUGACCCCACUUUGCCAAAAGCACAGUUAUAUUCUGUGGCUCUGUUCUCACCUUACAUAUGAUUCCUCUUAUGAUAUACCAAUUUAAAACCAAAGGACACAGAAUUGUUUUUUUCCAUUAUGUAAUGACACUUUAUAUUUUAGGUCUGAUGCAUAUUGACAGUGUCAUAUGAAAACCUUGUGAAUUCAAAUUGUUUUUUUUUUUGUUCAACUCAAAAAUGUAAAAAGAAAUUGUUAAUCUAUGAUUAUGAUUAUGAUUAUGUUAAUCUCUAUCUUCAUCCAAGUACGUAAAAUGCUUCAGAUUUAUAUGAUCAACAGAUUUAAUGGGCUGGGCCUUCAAUAAAGGCUGUGUUUUGUAAACAGUUGGCUUUCUGGAAAUGUAAUGUGUAACAACAAACUGCUAAUAAUGUGUUUCAUUCAUUUUCCCCAGGAAUAUUGCGCUUAUUUUUUCAUAAUUUUUACUAAAAAUAGUCUACAUUUUCUGCUAAUAAAAUCAG